AUGGUCGCACCCUCUGAGGAUUAUCCUACUUUUCCUCUUUUAUCAAAAAAUGAAAUCAAUGGACAACUGAUUCCAGAGGUUAGUCACUGGGCUUUGAGCAAUGGGCUAGUGAUGUACCCGCCAAACUUCAAGACCUCUCAAGGGCUUUUGGCGCCAACUACUCUGUUUCCAACGCCAUUCCCUCGCAAAAGCUUCGAGCAGGCAAUUUCUGUCCAAACGUUGUACAAUGAAUUAUAUGCCAAAGUUUCUCAAGAUAAGGACCACUGGCUUGGUAAUCUUAUUGAAAAAUUGGGUCAAUUCGAUCCCGAGUUCACUGGCAAGCUGUGGAAUUUGUAUGUGAAAGCAGAAGGAUCCGGGAUAAGUCAGAAGCUGGCUCUAGGUCUCUUUCGUUCCGACUACUUGCUAGACGCACAGAGCUUGGAAGUUAAGCAAGUUGAAUUCAAUACCGUUUCCGUUUCUUUUGGCGGACUCUCCACAAAGGUUGGAAAACUUCACAACUUUUUAAACCAGUCAGGCAAAUACUCGCUUGACGAUGGUCGACCUUUCUACACACAAGAGAUACCUGUUUCUGAAUCUGCCAGACUCUUGCCUAAGGGCCUGUGGGAAGCAACAAGGAAAUAUCAAACUAGCGCAUCUCAUACCAUUGUGGCAUUCAUCGUGCAGCAGGGUGAAAGAAAUGUCUUUGAUCAACGAAUUCUCGAAUACAUUCUGCUCGAAGAGUAUGGCGUCAAAUCUGUGAGAAUGACCAUUCACGAAAUUCAUACGAAGACAAAGGUAGACGAUCAAAGUAAAAGACUGUACUACGAACCCACAGGUGAAGAAAUUUCAGUGGUGUAUUUCAGAGCUGGUUACUCCCCGCAAGACUUCUUAUCAGACCAAGAUUGGCAAAAUAGGCUACAACUAGAGACUAGUUACGCUAUAAAAGCACCAAACUUACUUACCCAAUUAGCUGGAGCCAAAAAGAUACAACAAAUUUUGACUGAUGACUCGGUAUUAGCCAAAUUUUUGGACGAUGCGGCGGAUCGAAAGAAGCUCAGUGACUCUUUCGUAAAAAUAUAUCCAAUGGACUGCUCGGAACAGGGUAUUGAAGCUAAGAAAAUGGCCUUCGCAACUCCACAGAGGUUUGUUUUAAAGCCUCAAAGAGAGGGUGGAGGCAAUAACAUCUAUAAAGACGACAUCCCAACGUUCUUAAAAAGUAUACCCGAAGAGGAGUGGAGCGGUUACAUAUUGAUGGAGUUAAUCAAUCCAGAGCCCACUACACAAAAUAUCGUAAUCAGGGGAGAUGUUUUUUCGGAGGAACCAAUCUUGAGCGAACUUGGCACAUUUGGUUAUGUCCUAUUUGACGAUAAAGAAAUUCACCUAAAUGAGUAUGCUGGGUGGCUGUUAAGAUCUAAAUCUAGCACUUCCGAUGAAGGCGGAGUUGCAGCGGGAUUUGGUUGCGUGGAUGGCGUAGUUCUAUACUAA